AUGAUGUCAUUUUCAGAGUGCAAAUGCAGUAUUGGUCAGCAAUGUGACGAGCAGACCGGUCAGUGCUUCUGUCCGCCACAUGUUGAAGGUACCGCCUGCGAUAAGUGUGUGAGCUACGCGUUCGGUUACGAUCCUCUCAUUGGAUGUCAAAAGGUGCCGUCUAUCUAUUUUGGUUUAUUUGAAAAUAUUCACCCCAUUUUAAUAGUGAAGAUGCCAAAAUUCAGCUUAAUUAUUUUAUUCCAGUGCGGCUGUCACGUACAAGGUUCUGAAGGAGCGUCUCUUCAAUGCGAUCCCAACAGUGGACAGUGCUUGUGCCGAGAGUCGAUUGGUGGCCGUCAGUGUGACCGUUGUCUGGCCGGAUUCUACGGAUUCCCACAUUGCUACGGCUGUAGAUGUAAUACCGCAGGAACUACCGAAGAGAUCUGUGAUCCCGCUACGGCUCACUGUACUUGCAAGGAAAAUGUAGCAGGGCCAUCCUGCGACACCUGCAAAUCGGGUACAUUCCAUUUGUCGGCGGAUAAUCCAAAGGGAUGUAUCAACUGCUUCUGUUUCGGCACUACUGAUCAGUGUCGUUCCAGCAUGUUCCCUGUAUCCAUUGUGAGUUCGCUAUUGUUGUUUUGA